AUGAACAAUAAUCAAAAUAUAAAAAAUGAAGUAAUUGUAACAAUAAAUGGGACAAAAGAUGUUAAUAUAAAUAUAGAAAACGAGGGGAAUGAAAUAAAAGAUGAUAUAAAGCAUAUCGGAAUAGCAGAAGAAAAUAUAAAAACUGAUUCUAAAAUAACAACAAACAAUUAUAGAAAUGAUAAUUCAAUGAAAAUAGUGAUAAAAGAAAAGGAUAGUAUAAAUUGUAAUGAGUUCAAUAUUUGUAGUACUAUUUUAACAGACGAAUUUAAAGAUGGCGAAAAUGGAAAUAUAACAAAAUGCCCUGAAAAUGUAGAAUGUAUUGAAAUAAAUAAUAAUAAUAAUAAAGACAUAGAUAUAGAAAACAUUAACAAGAAAAAUGAAAUGAUAAAUAAUGAAAGUAUUGAUUUGGAAAAUAACAAUAAUGAACAUACUUUGUCCAAUGAACGCAUAUAUGGCAGAAGUGAUAGUUCAAGCAGCUUAACUAUAGAUGACAAUCCCAAUAUAUCAAGAAGAGCAUAUAGAAGUUUUCAUAUAUGUUCAAUUUUUAUUCAUUUAGCAUUAUUAUUAAUGAUUUUAUUAUUAAUAGCGACAUUAAUUAAUGAUUAUACAGUAUAUAUAACAGCAGAUAAAGGAAAAACAAUAAUUUAUAUUUGUGGUAUACUAUUAGGUUUAUUAUGUUUACAUGCAUGUAUAAAUUUAUAUAUAUCUUUAAUGUUUUUAGCAGAUUAUGAGAUUUCAAGAAAAAUAAAAAUUAUUGAAUCAAAAAUGCAUAUGAUUGUUUUAUUAUAUUUAUUUUUAUGUUUAUAUGUAUAUUUGUUUGAAGAUAAAAAUAACCCUAUACGUCCAAUAUUUUCCUUUGCUAUAUUAUUAUCAGUUAUUUAUUAUUUUAUGCCAUUAUUUUUAUAUAUUGUAUUGAGAAUUUUAUUUUUUAUUGUUAUUUUCACAAUAAUAUUUAUGAAAAGAAAAAGUCCAACUCCAAAAAAUGUCUUAAAAAAAUUAAAAAUUAUCAAAUAUAUAGAUUACAAAAACUAUUGUGAACAUAUACGAGCAAAUCAAAUGUCAAUAUCAGAAUUUAAUGAUAAAGAGAAUAAACAAGUGGAUGAAAAAGUAGCAGAUAAAGAGGAUUGUAUUUUGAAAAAUUCUGAACAAAAUAUAUCAUGUAAUAAAAAUGAAAACAAUAAUCAAGAUUUAAAUAAAAAUUGUAAUAAUGAAAUAAAUAAUUUAGAAAUUAAAGAUAAUAUUAAAAAUAGUAAAAUUGAAAAAAAUAAUAACCAUGUAAAAAUGGAUAAAGAAGUAUGUAAUAGAAAAUUAAAUAAUAUGAAUAGGCUAAAUUAUUAUUCGAUUAACAUAUAUGAUAAAAAUAAGAAAAAAAAUAUUUCAUAUAAGUCAAAAAAUAUAGAAGAUGAAAUUAUAAAGAAUAAUAUAUAUGAUAAAGAAAAUGGUGAAACAAAUAAUUAUAUUAAGAGUAAUUCAUUUUACAUUAAUAUUGAAAAUGAAAAUUAUAUGUGUGCAAUUUGUUUUGUUGACUAUUUAGACGAUGAUAGUAUUUGUGUAUUACCAUGUAAUUACAUGCAUUAUUAUCACAAAGAUUGCAUAUUUACAUGGUUAAAGAAAAACAACGAUUGUCCUUUGUGCAGAAAAAAUAUAACAAUUUAA